CAAGGAAUCAAAAAAUCUCACCAGAAAAUAAGCUUAAUUGAUUAAACCACCUUUUCAUAGUUGCUCAUUCCAAGUCCUCUAUAAAAGGGACUGUAUCUGUGCACUAAAGGUACUCAUUCACUACUCACUUUCAUUCGCACCUUCUAUAAAGUAAACUAGAGAAGUAAUUAAUCAUCUGGAGAUCAAGAAAAUGGCACAAGCGAUGUUGAAGUCUUCUCUACAAGGAGAGCUUGAGAUAGAUGUUGAGAUCAAAGCUCCAGCGAAGAAAUUCUAUAACAUGUUCGCGGUAACACCACAAGAUCUGCCCAAAGCCACUCCUGAAAACAUCCAGCGAUGUGAUGUGCAUGGGGGAGAGAUGGGCAGAGUUGGCACUCUCAUCACCUGGAACUACGUUCAAGAUGGGAAGCCAGUGGUGGUCACGGAGAGGGUCGAGGAAGUGGACCCGAUGAAGAAUAUGAUUAAGCUCAGAGUAAUAGAAGGAGAUCUGCUGAAAGAGUUCAAGAGCUUCGUAGAAACGAUCCAAGUGACCGAGAAGAAAGGAGGACCUGGAGGUGUGGUGAAAUAUCGCGCAGAAUAUGAGAGGAUUGAUGAGAACGUGGCUCACCCGGAGAGUCUGCUCCGAUUGUGUGUCGAAAUAUUCAAAGACAUUGACGAAAUGCUCUUGUUUAACGAAUAGUUUCCCGUCGAAAAUAUAUCCCUCUAUAUUUUCGGGUGUUUUAAUAUCUUUGUCUUUUGUGUUUUGUAUACAUAUAUGUCUCAAAAAUGUGCGCUCUCUAUAUUCGAAGAGAUGUGAUAUGAAAGUGUGUUAUCAGAAAUACUUAUCUAUUUUUAUGUUUUCCGGAGUUUUGUACGUAUACAUGUCUCGGUAAUGUGAUCUGUCUCAAGAUUUGGAGUAGAAGAUAUGCAAGUGUGUAAAAUGUCUGGUCUUGCAUAGUUCCUGUUAAGUUUUAAUUAUAUCGUCUCGUGGUAACAAUGUUGAAAAAAUUGGGUUCUUAAUAUCAUG